UUUCUCUAGGAAGGAACCGGUCUUUUUGAUAAUACUGCGAAUACAACUUUCAUCGUGUGGUGCAGGUGAGGGAAGGAUCGCAUCAUUUGAAGAUUGGAAGGAAAGUGUUAUUCCUGGACAAGUGUGAAUAUUGACCAGUUUCAACAUGAGAUUUGUUUUGUGGAAUUUAAUCAAUCUACUUGUGAUAUGGUCGAAUGGAGGAGUGCGUGCCGACGGGACACAGAAAGUCAAGAGGCGCAUUGACUUAUCUGAGGAAGAGAUUAAUAUAUACACAAAUCAUCAACAUAUAGAAGAUUACGAUAUCUUUUCACCAACAUUCCAUAAAUCUGCAAUACAUAAACGAAGUAUAGACUCAUUACCAGCCCAUCCCAGAAAUCAUGAAGUCAAAUUUAGCGCAUUUGGUGAUGAGUUUCAUUUAAAACUGGAAAGAAACGUCUGGCUACAACGUCGAGGAUUGACGUUGGACAGACUAGGGGAUGGUGGAGUGAUACAAAGAGACAGAUUAGUCAAUGGAGGCUGCCAUUAUUAUGGAAAGUUAAUAUCUCACAGCAAAGCAUCAUCGGCAUCUAUCAGUACUUGUAAGGGUUUGAGGGGUGUCAUAAGCCAUGGAGAUUCGGAAUUUUAUAUCAAACCUCUUGAACAUCACCAUGCAAACCGGAUCAGAAGAGAUUCGGAUAACCGACAUACCAAUCCGCAUAUCAUCUACAAACGGAUAUUCGCCAAAUUACGAAAGACAACUCCACAAGAACAGGAGCAACCAACUGAAUUCUGUGCCUCGGAAGAUCCGGAAUCGUCGAACUCGGAGAUCGGGAACUAUACCCGUGCGCCUUCGACGAUGAUGUCGUCAAUGGAAGACGUGUACAUAGGUCAGAAGUACCUGGAGUUCAUGGUCAUGAUUGAUAAGAGUAUGGUUGAAUUCCAUGGUGAUGACGUCAUCAAUUAUACCAUGACGCUGAUGAAUAUUGUCUCAAGGAGAUUCGCAGAGCCUUCAUUAGGAGUUAGCAUGCGAUUGGCUAUCACCAAGUUCAUCAUUCUCGAUACUGAUACACCGAUGGUGCAGUCUAUCACAGGUCAUAAUAUUAGUCUAAAUGUUCAAGCGAACGGACCUCAGCUAUUGGAAGAGUUUUGUCGCUGGCAAGCUGGCUUUAAUCCAAUCCAUGAUGCUCAUCCUGAACAUUGGGACAUCGCUACGCUCAUUACAAGAAAAGACCUAUUUAAGCUAUCUGGAACCUACCGUGAUACAAACCUUCUUGGAAGGGCAUACAUCGGGACUACAUGUCAACGCUCAUUACAAUGUUCAGUGAAUCAAGAUGAUGGACUCACUACUGGAUCGGUUAUAGCUCAUGAAACAGGUCACAAUUUAAACCUUCAUCAUGACCCUGACUAUGGGUGUAAUAACGGACAUCAUGUCAUGUCUUCAGCCAGGCCUGUCGGCGUAGAGUCAUUCAAGUGGUCGGUCUGUAGUGCACAACAGAUUAAAAUCUUUCUCACUAAUCGGUUAUCUUCUUGCCUGAAUGACGCACCUAGUAUUGAUGACCCGGAAGUAGACUUGUUAGUUGUGAAUGAUCUUCCGGGUAGACGGUACACCUUGAGGGCCCAGUGUCAGUUAGCCUACGGAGCUAGCUCAGCCGUCUGCUCCCAAUCUGUGUGUGGUAGUCUAGGUUGUCAAGAAGGAGGUUUCUGUCAUUAUUCUGGGAUCAUGAUCAUGGAAGGAACUACAUGCGCACCUAAUAAGUGGUGUAUAAGCGGUGAGUGUGUCUCGACCAGUGAUGGUCUACCUGGACCAGUGGACGGUGGAUGGUCGGACUGGGAAGCUGAGUUCAGUCAAUGCUCGAGAUCGUGUGGGACAGGGGUGCGAGUUAGGAAGAGGAAAUGUAACGACCCAACCCCUGUGUAUGGAGGGCUAGCAUGCGAAGGGCAAGGACGGGAGGUUCAGCUUUGUAAUAUGAUGCCAUGUCACAAUGUAACGUUGGACAAUUAUAAGAAUGAGCAAUGUUCUGCAACAAACGGCGUUCAGUUCAACAAUCAGUACUAUACAUGGAGGGCCUUCUUAUCUUCAAUCAUUAAAGGCAACAACGUUUGCAAGCUCCAAUGCAUAUCGAAUGCAAACUUCUAUGCUCUCCGUGAACCAGGGAAGUAUGCAGACGGUACACGGUGCUGGCAUGAUGAAACAGGAGAACAAGCUCUUACAAAAGCAUGUGUGGACGGACUCUGUAAGGAGUUUGGUUGUGAUGGUGUUACGGGUUCUGGACGUAUCAAGGAUGUAUGUGGUCGAUGUGAUGGUUCAGGGAGGACGUGUAAGAGACACGUAGGAAGAAUCAGGAACGGUGGAGCCGUGCAUGAUUUCAAAACAUUCCUUCAAAUUCCUGUGAACUCGACUGCUAUCAAGAUAACGAACCAGAAUCUACGUUAUACUCAUAUGUCCGUGGAAGCUGACGGUGAGAUAGUAUUCCGCGGUCAGAUGUUCAUUCCUCCUCUCAGCCAGCGUUACAGUCAUAGCGGUAUGAUCAUCAAGUAUCUAGCUGAUGCCUUCCAUAAUAAAGAACAUAUCUGGGUUCUCUCUGGGCCUACCACUGCGGUCCUAGAUGUUUCUGUGAUCUUACUACACAAUCCUAGAUACCUUGGGAGUAGGGUUAAACCAGAUAUCACAUGGGAGUUCUAUGCUCCCGUCACGGAGCCUGUCAGAUAUUAUUGGCAGCAUGAGAUGUUGAGUGGAUGUACAGUGACGUGUGGUGGAGGAAUCAAGAUCAGACGUGUCUUCUGUACAGAGAACAUAGGAGGUGAGGCAGGUGAAGUGAGUGAUUUAUUCUGCGACUCCACCAAGAGGCCAUCAGAGCGCCGUAGCUGUCAAAGCCAGCCUUGCCCCGUACCGGUCUGGGUCGUGGGACAGUGGAGUCUAUGUUCAGCUACAUGUAAUGUAGGGAGGAGAAAGCGAGCCAUAGCGUGCCUUCUAAAUACAACAGGGGAGCCAGUGCCUGACUUAUGUGAUCCGAACCUCAGACCUGCCACCGAAGAACAGUGUGUCGAGGCACCCUGCCCUAGACCUACUGAUGGUGAAAAUGUUGAUAUCACCUGUAACGGUUUGACGAGAAGAAAAAAUGGUUACAUCGAUCAGAUCAACAGACCAACAGGUGGAGAUUCGUGUACUGCUGUCAUCGUAGCUCCUAUUCAUAAAGAUAUCAUCUUCACUAUAAAACAGAUGUAUAUAGACUGUGAUGCAGGUGAAUCAUUAGAAAUCAGAAUAGGAGAAUCGAGGCGGAGGUUAUGCGGGAAACAAUACCAGGUUACUAUGGAAACAGAGAGUAAUGUUAUAGCGAUUGAACAUAAAACACACAAACAAGGGCAUGGCUAUCAACUUCUCUAUCAUUUACGGAAAAGCCGACAUAAAAAUGAUUGUGAUAAACUAAUAACAGACAGAAAGACAAUAGUCACGAGUCCAGAGUGGCCUUCUAAGUAUCCAAGCAAUAUGAACUGUACCUAUAGGUUUGUAGGGGAUCCUAGUAAGAAGAUUACUUUUAGAGUUAAAGUAUUCAAACUCCAAGGAAAGGAACCAAGGUGUAAGCACGAUAAACUAGAGAUGAUAGAUCUAUUAACCAAUGACAAGCUAACUCGAUGUGGUACAUCAUCUUCUAAGUACAGCAUACGUCUCUCGGGAUACGAUGGGUUAAUUCGAUUCACUUCAGAUGAUAAUGUACAACUUGCUGGGUUCAAACUCAUCGUGUAUAUUAAAUAAAAAUGAAUUUUUGUCAAUAUGCCAAAAAUGUAUUCAUUCUCUAGAAAACUAUUUGAUAGAAAGCCCUACAUUAGAAUGGUAUUGUGUACCCAAUUUUUAAUUUGGACAUUGUUGGAACUUGGAUUUUGGAAUUGGCUUGCUAAAAAAGCAAACUAAGCUAAUUGAUCUGACUAUGACGAAAUAUUUUGGAAAAUUGGUUUCGGUUCGGUAUGAUUGAAUUAUCAUUUCGUUGGACAAAAUUAUUCUCCUGCAAUGACCAUAAAUGUUCGGAUCAGAUAAUGAACAUACUUCUAAUGUGGGGCUUUCUUAUGUUUUGUUUUUCUCGUUACACAAUUCCAAAAGUACUAAUUGUUGUAAUUACUUUUUAUUGCUAUGUUGUCAUUGCGUACCCUUUGGUUAGGCAAUGUUAUUGAUAAGGAAGAGCGUGGUAAAGUCACGAUGUUUUACUCAUUCAUGUAUCACGAACGUUAUUCCGAUAUUGAAUAACAUCAUGCAUCACAAACAUCAUAUUCCUCUUUUUGUGGAUAGGAUUUUGAUGAUUCAAUUCCUUGUAAUGUUUUGCCCAUAUUGCAAACACUUGUUUUCUUGUCAAUUUUAAAAUGCAGGACUAAUCUGCCACGAGGUCCAUUAUAUUAUGUAAAUAACAAAUCUUGCCAUAUUUUAUCAUAUUUUACAUAUUCUAAUGGAAAUACAUUCAAUGUAAAUGCCAUAAUUCAUGCCCUUUAUAUCUAUAAUGUAGAUAUCGAUUUUAAUAUUGAUAUUUUGUAUUUAAAAAAACUAUUUGGAAAAAAUAUUGAUGAAAUUGUUACAAUUGCCUUUUGGAGUAUAGAAACGAAAAGAGGAAAGAUGAAAGGGGAAAAAAAGUUGCGGUAUAAUUUUGUGAAAGAAGUUAAGAUACGUUUGGACAUCAACGGUAAACAAAAGUGUAUGUGAGUUUGAUUAUUUUGUUUUAAUAAAUAAAGUGAAAAAAAAAAAAAAAGAUUCAUGCCCUUGUUUUCUUGGCAGGUAUUAAGAUAUCUAAGUAUUGGAGCAUAUUUUUAAGUUAUUAUUAUUCAUUGGGCUGUUAAGAAAUGCAAUGUCGCUGUCCACUAUUUUAAGAAAUAAUCAAAUUAAUCUAAAUAAAUGUGGAACCAUAGAAUGUGAGGCUUCGCGUCAAGGGACGGUAUAUAUUUAUGUCAUCGUAAUCUAUUAUAUCAUUAUUGGAUAAUAUUUCUUGCCCAUAAUACCUCAAUUAUAUUUAUCUUUAUAGCAUUUAUUUGUUUCAGUUAUUUAGUUAAUAUUGUUUUCUGAAAAUGUGUGGUCAUGAUGGUCCUAUAAUUACAUUCUACACUAGACUUCAUGACAAUCCUUUGUCACAAAUCUCUUAUCUUAUUUAUUCAUGGUAUAAUA